AUGGCUUAUACAGGAAUUGCAGCAACCCUUUUACCUAACGGGAAAACCGUUCAUAAAACGUUUGGAUUACCUGUACCAAUGUUCUCGGAUUCGUCCUCCUAUAUUAAACCUAAUUCUAAGCAAGGAGAAUAUUUAAAAAACAUUGAUGUUUUUAUUUGGGAUGAAGCUCCAAUGUCACCUAGAUAUGCAUUAGAAAUUAUAGACCGUACGUUACGUCAUAUAAUGGAUAAUGAAAUACCUUUUGGCGGAAAAAUGAUGAUUUUAGGAGGAGACUUUCGUCAAUUACUUCCAGUUCAACCUCGGGCGACUAGAAGUGAAACUGUUAAUCUUUCUAUUAAAUUCAGUUUAUUAUGGAAAGGUUUUCAUCAGUUUUCAUUAACACAAAAUAUGCGAGCAUUACCAGAAGAAAUAGAGUUUGUAAAUGUUUUAUUAGAUAUUGGUAAUGGUACCGUCAAUGAUUUGAAUGAUGAAGUCAAUUUACCGGACACAUGUUUUACAUCAAAUAAUAAUGAUAUCGUAGAAAAUGUAUACGGUAGGAUAAUCAGAGAAAAAUGUUAUGAUCAACUUACAUCUGCAGUCAUUUUAUCAGCAAGGAAUAUAGACGUGGAUGAAAUAAAUAAACAAGUCAUAGAACUCUUGGACUCUUCAAGUGAAAAAAUUUUCACGGCUGUUGACAGUACUGAAAACUGUGAUAACGGAAACAUCGAAGAUUUGAUCUUACCCGAAUACUUGAAUACUUUAAAUCCACCGAAUUUCCCGCCGUAUGAACUAAAAUUACGACAUUAUUCUAUAGUGAUGUUGAUUAGAAAUUUAAACUUAAGCGAAGGACUCUGUAAUGGAACAAGAUUGAUAAUAUUAGAAUUAGGAGUGAAUGUUUUAAGAUGUAAAAUAUUAUCAGGUGACAGAGCUGGAGAGAUUGUCUUUAUAAACAGAUUAACAUUAUAUUGUGAAAACGAAUAUCCCUUUACUUUCAAAAGACGACAAUUUCCCAUUAAAAUAGCAUUCUGCAUGACGAUUAACAAAGCACAAGAUCAAACUUUUGAUAAAAUUGGGGUAGAUCUUACUACAAGAUAUUUUUAA